ACGGGGGCAUUCCAGGGAGUCCAGGGGCCUGACGCGAGCUUCAGGGGUGCCGAUCUUUUUAAAACCCCGUCCUGCCUAGAGCUUCAUUUAGCUACUCAAGUGUAACCGACUUCACCAAGCAGGCUGCCGCCGCCGACUUCGUAGGGCUACUAGCGGUCCUGUGCUGUCCAUUGUACAGACAACGCGUUCCUCUUUCUACAGUCUAUUCUUCUUCCGUGCCAAGGUUUCUAUUAGGAUGCAGCUACCACUUUUUUCACUAUUCUGAUACAUUAAAAAUCAGGGGACCGUCCACGUUGAAAACGAUAAACGGAUUAAACGGACAAGCUCCACUCCAAUCACAAGUACAAACGAAAAUCUCACUUACUCUUUCUUUCAUAUUUUUCCAAGUUUUACAACUUUUUUUCACGGCCAGUGCGCGAGCUUGGCACUGGCGGUCAAGAAACAUUUAUUUAUUUAUUUCCACGCUGCCUUGCGUGCCGUAACGUUCACACACUGGCCCCACUGAUUGUGGUAUAAAAAGGGCACGGAAACCGACAACAUGAUGAGCAAUAAUACUUACUACGAGCAGCAGCAGCCGCCGCAGUACUACCAGAGUACGGACAACGGGGACGACGAAGAAGAGGAGAUGCCGGCCACGGAGAAGGACCUCGCUGAGGAUGCGCCCUGGAAGAAAAUCCAACAGAACACCUUCACCAGGUGGUGUAACGAGCACCUCAAGUGCCUCAACAAGCGGAUCAACGACCUACAGAAAGACCUGACCGACGGGCUCAAGCUCAUCGGUCUCCUGGAGGUUUUGAGCCAGAAGAAAAUGUACAGAAAGUACCACGCCAGACCUAACUUCAGACAGAUGAAACUGGAAAAUGUGUCCGUCGCGCUGGAAUUCUUGGAGAGAGAACACAUAAAGCUGGUAUCGAUAGACAGUAAGGCCAUCGUGGAUGGGAACCUGAAGCUUAUCCUGGGUCUGAUCUGGACUCUGAUCCUGCACUACUCCAUCUCAAUGCCCAUGUGGGAGGACGAGGACGACGAGGACGCCAAGAAGCUGACCCCCAAGCAGAGGCUGCUGGGAUGGAUCCAGAACAAGGUGCCCCAGCUGCCCAUCAACAACUUUCACCGUGACUGGAGGGACGGCAAGGCUCUGGGAGCCCUGGUUGACAACUGUGCCCCAGGCCUGUGUCCUGACUGGGAGACGUGGGAUCCUAGCCAGCCUGUGGAGAAUGCCAGGGAGGCCAUGCAGCAGGCGGACGACUGGCUCGGUGUGCCCCAGGUGAUAGCCCCUGAGGAAAUAGUGGAUCCCAAUGUGGACGAGCACUCGGUGAUGACCUACCUGUCCCAGUUUCCCAAGUCCAAGCUGAAGCCUGGUGCCCCGCUGCGCUCCAAGACUCUGCACCCCAAGAAGGCCAAGGCCUACGGACCAGGUAUUGAUCCCAGAGGUAACAUGGUGCUGAAGCCGGCUGAGUUCAUCGUGGAGACAGUGGAGGCGGGGCUAGGGGAGGUCCUGGUCUAUGUGGAGGAUUCAGAGGGACACACAGAGGAGGCCAGAGUGAUCCCCAACAAUGACAAGAACAGGACGUACUCUGUCAUCUACCUGCCCAAAGUGGAGGGCCUUCACAAGGUGAAGGUGAUGUUCGCUGGGCAGGACAUAGACAGGAGUCCCUUCGUGGUGAGUGUGUCCAAGGCCAUGGGAGACCCCAACAAGGUGCAGGCCAGAGGACCAGGACUGGAGCCUGUAGGCAACGUGGCUAACAAGCCUACCUACUUCGACAUCUACACAGCAGGUGCCGGUGCUGGAGACGUGGGUGUGAUCAUCGUGGACUCCCAGGGCAGAAGAGACACCGUGGAGAUCAUUCUGGAAAACAAGGGGGACAGUAUUUUCCGUUGCACCUAUUGCCCUAUCCUGAAGGGGCCUCAUGUUAUCUACGUGACGUUUGCUGGGCAGCAGAUACCCAGAAGCCCUUUCACUGUCCACAUCUCAGAGGCUCCACCGAGCGCCCUGCCCCCUGGCUCUCCGGUGCAGAUAGUGCCCCAGUCCAUACGCACCCCACCCACAGACAAGGCCAAGAGAGUGCCCCCCCCAACACCGCCCAAACCCAGGCGACCAACCAGCAACCCCAACAUGUGCCGGGCCUCAGGGAGAGGUCUCCAGCCUAAGGGGGUGAGGGUGAAAGAGGUGGCUGACUUCAAGGUGUACACCAAGGGUGCCGGCAGCGGAGAGCUCAAGGUUACCAUCAAGGGGCCAAAGGGACUAGAGGAGCCUGUGAAGGUGCGUGACGCGGGAAACGGGGUGUAUGAGUGUGACUACUACCCCAUCAUGACUGGCAAAUACACCAUCACCAUCACCUGGGGCGGACAGACCAUCCCACGCAGCCCGUUUGAGGUGGUGGUGAGUGAGGACGUGGGGUCCCAGAAGGUGAGGGCGUGGGGGCCGGGCCUGGAGACAGGCAUGGUGGGGAAGUCAGCUGACUUUGUUGUGGAGGCCAUCGGCACAGAGGUGGGAACUCUGGGUUUCUCCAUCGAGGGCCCGUCGCAGGCUAAGAUAGAGUGUGAUGAUAAGGGCGAUGGGUCAUGUGACGUACGUUACUGGCCCACGGAGCCUGGCGACUAUGCUGUUCACGUCAUCUGUGACGACGAGGACAUCAAGGACAGCCCCUUUAUGGCCCACAUCCUCCUCACAGCCAAUGACGUGUUCCCUGAGAAGGUGAACAGUUAUGGCCCAGGUCUGGAACCGAUUGGCUGCAUUGUCAAUAAACCAGCAGAGUUCACCAUUGAUGCAAGUGGAGCCGGCAGGGGCCAGCUGAAGAUAUACGCCCAGGAUGCAGAGGGCUUCCCCAUCGACAUCCAGAUCACAGAGAACGGAGACAGCACCUUCCUCUGUGUCUACAUUCCCACCAAGCCCAUCAAACACACCAUCAUUAUCACCUGGGGAGAGGUCAACGUCCCCAACAGUCCCUUCAGGGUGACCAUCGGAGAGGGCAGCCACCCAGAGAAUGUGAAUGUGUAUGGUCCAGGUGUGGAGAAGUCAGGUCUGAAGGCCAACGAGCCCACCUACUUCACUGUGGACUGCAGCGAGGCAGGACAAGGGGAUGUCAGUAUCGGCAUCAAGUGUGCUCCCGGCGUGGUCGGUCCGGCAGAGGCUGACAUCGACUUUGACAUCAUCAAGAAUGACAACGACACGUUCACAGUGAAGUACAUGCCCCCCGGCCCCGGACGCUACACCAUCAUGGUGCUGUUCGCUGACCACGAAAUACCAAUCAGCCCUUUCAGGAUCAAGGUGGACCCCUCCCAUGACGCUAACAAGGUGAGGGCGGAGGGACCCGGACUCAACAAGACAGGUGUGGAGGUAGGUAAGCCCACCCACUUCACCAUCUACACCAAGGGAGCGGGCAAGGCCAAGCCUGAAGUGCACUUCACCGGAGCAGCCAAAGGGGACGCCGUCCGAGACUUUGAGAUCAUUGACAACCAUGACUACUCCUACACCGUGCGCUACACUGCAGUGCAACAGGGGAACAUGUCUAUCUCAAUCUGCCACGGCGGUGACCCCAUUCCCAAGAGCCCCUUCAACAUCACGGUGGCUCCGCCCCUUGACCUCAACAAGGUCAAAGUUCAGGGGUUGAACAACAAGGUCGACGUUGGGAAGGAUCAGGAGUUCACAGUGAGCACGCACGGCGCCGGUGGCCAGGGCAAGUUGGAUGUGAAGAUCACCUCGCCCUCUCGUCGGCCAAUCCCCUGCAAGCUGGAGUCUGACACGGCCAACGAAGUACACACUGUGAAGUACAUUCCUCCUGAGGAGGGACCCUACAAAGUGGACAUCAGCUAUGAUGGGAACCCUGUGCCUGGGAGCCCCUUCACUGUGGAGGGGGUGAUGCCCCCUGACCCCUCAAAGGUGCAUGCCUAUGGCCCAGGCCUCCAGGGAGGCAUGGUGGGCAAGCCGGCCCCCUUCGCCAUUGACACCAAGGGUGCGGGCACCGGCGGGCUGGGCCUGACCGUGGAGGGGCCAUGCGAGGCCAAGAUCGAGUGCCAGGACAAUGGCGAUGGCUCCUGCUCUGUCUCCUACCUGCCCACAGAGCCCGGUGAAUACGCCAUCAACAUCCUGUUUGCCGAGCAGCACAUCCCCGGCUCCCCCUUCAAGGCCAUGGUACAGUCCGUGUUUGACCCCAGUAAGGUCACGGCCAGUGGGCCAGGCCUGGAGAGAGGGAAGGUCAACGAGGCAGGGUCGUUCGUAGUGGACUGCGCCAAGGCUGGGGACGCCGAGCUGACCAUUGAGAUUAUUUCAGAUUCGGGGUCGAAGGCGGAGGUGCGUGUUCAGAACAACAGUGAUGGGACCUAUUCUAUCACGUACAUCCCACAGUUCCAUGGCAUGUAUACUAUCACCAUUAAAUACGGGGGGCACGCCGUGCCCAAGUUCCCCGCCCGUGUGCAAGUGGACCCAGCCGUGGAUACCAGCGGGGUGAAGGUGUACGGACCAGGAGUGGAACCCAGAGGGGUCCUGAGGGAGGUGACCACCCAUUUCAUCGUGGAUGCCCGUGCCAAGAGCAAGACCGGGGGCAGCCAUGUCAAGGCCCGCAUCGUCAACCCUUCAGGCGCCAACACAGACGCCUACAUCACUGACAAGGGAGAAGGCACCUACAGAGUGGAAUACGCUGCCUUUGAGGAUGGGAUGCACCUGAUAGAGGUGCUGUAUGAUGAUGUGGCGGUGCCUAACAGUCCGUUCCGUGUCCCGGUAACGGAGGGUUGUGACCCCAGCCGUGUCAGAGCCUACGGUCCUGGUCUGGAGGAGGGCCUGGUCAACAAACCCAACCGCUUCACCGUGGAAACCAGGGGUGCUGGUACAGGGGGUCUGGGCCUGGCCAUCGAGGGUCCAUCAGAGGCUAAGAUGUCCUGUAAGGACAAUAAAGACGGCAGCUGCAGUGUGGAGUACAUCCCCUUCACCCCGGGAGACUAUGACGUCAACAUUACCUUCGGAGGCUUGCCCAUCCCAGGGAGUCCCUUCCGUGUGCCAGUGAGAGAGCUAGUGGACCCAAGUAAGGUGAGGUGUUCAGGCCCAGGGCUGGGUAGUGGAGUCAGAGCCCAUGUUCCUCAGACCUUCACUGUGGACACCAGCAAGGCUGGCCUCGCCCCUCUGGGAGUGGUGCUGUACGGACCUACUGGAGUUGCUGAGCCAGUGAACAUCACAGAUAACGGAGACGGAACACACACAGCGACCUACACCCCGGCCAAGGACGGCCCGUACACCGUGUGUGUGAAGUACGCUGACCAGGAGGUUCCUCGCAGUCCGUAUAAGAUCAAGACAUUGCCUGCUCAUGAUGCCAGUAAGGUGCGUGCCAGUGGGCCAGGUUUGAAUGCCCAGGGUGUGCCUGCCAGCCUGCCUGUGGAGUUCACCAUCGAUGCCCGCGAUGCUGGCGAAGGCCUGCUCACUGUGCAGAUACUGGACCCAGAAGGCAAGCCGAAAAAGGCCAACAUCCGUGACAACAGAGAUGGGACAUACACAGUGUUCUAUGUACCAGACAUGGCAGGGCGCUACACCAUCACCAUCAAGUAUGGAGGAGAUGAGAUUCCCUACUCACCCUAUCGUAUCCAUGCCCUGCCCACUGGAGACGCCAGCAAGUGUCUGGUCACAGUUUCCAUUGGAGGACAUGGAUUGGGUUCAGGUCUCGGACCCACCAUCCAGAUCGGCGAGGAGACCGUCAUCACCGUGGACGCAAAAGCUGCUGGGAAGGGGAAGGUGACCUGUAAGGUGUCGACGCCAGAUGGGGCGGAGCUAGACGUGGACGUGGUGGAGAAUUCCGACGGAACGUUUGACAUCUACUACACGGCUCCGGAACCUGGGAAAUACGUCAUCACCAUCCGCUUCGGAGGAGAACACAUUCCAAACAGCCCCUUCCACAUUGUGGCCAGUGAUACCGUCCCUAUAAUAGAGGAACCAUGUGACAAGCUCCAGUUACAACAGCCCUACCAGCCCUACCAGGGCUACCCCCCUCACUGGGCCACAGAGGAGCCCGUCACCACCGGCGAUAUCAUAGAGCCUAUGCUCCGCCCCUUCAACCUGGUCAUUCCGUUCACCGUUCAGAAGGGAGAGAUCACAGGUGAGGUGCGUAUGCCCUCAGGUAAGACAGCUCGUCCGAACAUCACAGACAACAAGGAUAGGACAGUCACAGUGAAGUACGCCCCUACAGAGAAAGGACUGCAUGAGAUGGACAUCAAAUAUGAUGGAAACCACAUCCCUGGAAGUCCCCUCCAGUUCUAUGUAGAUGCCAUCAAUAGUGGUCAUGUGACAGCCUAUGGUCCUGGUCUGAGUCACGGCAUGGUCAACAAACCUGCCACCUUCACCAUCGUCACCAAGGAUGCAGGGGAAGGUGGCCUGUCCCUGGCGGUGGAGGGUCCCUCUAAGGCAGAGAUCAACUGUAAGGACAACAAGGACGGAACCUGUACUGUGUCCUACCUUCCCACUGUACCAGGAGACUACAACAUCAUCGUCAAGUUUGACAACAAACACAUCGCCGGCAGCCCCUACACUGCCAAGAUCACAGGGGAUGACACUAUGAGGACAUCCCAGCUCAACGUUGGCACAGCAACAGACGUGUCAUUGAAGAUCUCAGAGACGGACCUGAGCAGCCUGACAGCGAGCAUCAGAGCACCGUCGGGCAACGAGGAACCCUGCCUCCUCAAGAGACUGCCCAAUCGACACAUCGGUAUCUCAUUCACUCCUAAGGAGGUGGGGGAGCAUGUUGUGAGUGUGAAGAAGAAUGGGACGCACGUGACCAACAGCCCCUUCAAGAUCAUGGUGGGCCAGUCAGAGAUCGGGGACGCCAGCAAGGUCAAGGUGUUUGGCCAGGGACUGGUGGAGGGACACAUCUUUGAGGUGGCUGAGUUCAUAGUUGACACCAGGAACGCAGGUUAUGGUGGUCUGGGUCUGUCUAUCGAGGGUCCCAGUAAGGUGGAUAUUAACUGUGAGGAUGUGGAGGAUGGUACCUGUAAGGUGACCUACUGUCCCACUGAACCAGGAAAUUACAUCAUCAACAUCAAGUUCGCCGACCAGCACAUUCCAGGAAGUCCUUUCACAGUGAAGGUGUGUGGUGAGGGCAGGGUGAAGGAGAGCAUCACCAGGAAGAGACAUGCUCCAUCCAUUGCUACUGUGGGCAGCACCUGUAACCUCAACCUCAAAAUACCAGGUAAUUGGUUUCAGAUGGUGUCGGCGCAGGAGCGGCAUACGCGCACGUUCACUCGCAGCAGUCACACGUACACGCGCACGGAGCGCACGGAGAUUAGUAAGACACGGGCUGGGGAGACCAAGCGGGAAGUGCGUGUGGAGGAGAGUACCCAGGUUGGGGGAGACCCCUUCAGGGACGUGUUUGGAGAGUUCCUGGGGAGUCAGAGUCUCACAGGCUUCAGUGGGAUACCAGCCACUACCAGACAGUCUCAAGAGGGUGACCAGGGGACCCAGGAGAUGACGGCCCAGGUGACCAGUCCGGGGGGUAAGACGGAGGACGCAGAGAUCAUCGACGGCGAGGACAGCACCUACAGCGUCCGCUUCAUCCCCCAGGAGAUGGGUCCCCACACGGUCAACGUCAAGUACCGGGGCCAGCACGUCCCCGGGAGCCCCUUCCAGUUCACCGUGGGGCCCCUGGGAGAGGGAGGGGCACACAAGGUCCGGGCCGGGGGCACGGGGCUGGAUAGAGGAGUGGCAGGAGAGAUGGGAUUGAAGGUGGGCCAGGAGGCAUCGUUCGCGGUGCAGUUGAACGGGGCGAGGGGGUUGAUAGAUGCUAAGGUUCACACCCCGGCCGGAGCUGUAGAGGAGUGUUACGUUACUGAGCUGGACAGCGACCAGCAUGCCAUCCGGUUUAUCCCGAGGGAGAACGGGGUCCACUCCAUCGAAGUGCGUUUCAACGGGAGCCACAUUCCCGGUAGUCCCUUCAAGAUCCGCGUGGGAGAGAUCGGACAGGUCGGAGACCCGGGAAUGGUGUCUGCCUUCGGAGCUGGGCUGGAAGGAGGAACUACAGGCGUGGCAUCAGAUUUUGUAGUGAACACGUGUAAUGCGGGGUCGGGUGCUCUGUCAGUGACCAUCGAUGGGCCAUCCAAGGUCAAGAUGGACUGUCAGGAUUGUCCCGAGGGUUACAAGGUCACUUACACACCCAUGGCCCCCGGCAGCUAUCUCAUCACCAUCAAAUACGGGGGACCAUCUCACAUCGUAGGCAGCCCCUUCAAGGCUAAAGUCACAGGUGCUCGUCUCUCUGGUGGUCACAGUCUACAUGAAACUUCGUCAGUACUUGUGGAGACAGUAACCAAGUCGUUGUCGUCGUCGUCGUCGAUGGGCGUGGCCUAUGGCCCUAAGUUCUCUUCGGAUGCCAGUAAGGUGGUCUCCCGGGGCGCCGGCCUAUCAACGGCCUUUGUAGAGCAGAAGAACACCUUCACAGUGGACUGCAGCAAAGCAGGAACUAACAUGUUGAUGGUGGGGGUACACGGACCCAAGACCCCGUGUGAAGAGGUCUACGUUAAACACCUGGGCAACAGGAUGUACAACGUCACCUACACCGUCAAAGAACAGGGCAACUACAUCCUCAUUGUCAAAUGGGGGGAUGAAAAUGUCCCCGGCAGCCCCUUCCAUGUCACCGUUCCCUAAAAUGGACUCAUCCAUCCCCUGUACAACCCCCUGCUGUAUCCCAGAAUGGACUCGUGCAACACCCCCACAGACACACUAAAGUUGCAAAGACUUUUUCUGUCCGGGGGGGAGUAAGUUACCCAUCAUGCAUUGUACCACAUUUCUCUGAUAACUCAUCCAGGCGACAUCACAAAAUCUGAGCUGCCAAUCAUCCUAUGUCUGCACCGCCCCACCAACUAGCCACCCUGUUGCUGUUGACUUUCAAUGUGAGAGAAUGUACAAAGAGGUCAAAUCAUGUUUUCUGUCUGUAUCAGCCUAUGCUAGUAUUUUCAGAGCACAAACACAGUAUGCAGUCACUACCAUGUGCUUUUUAGCUAGUCCCCCAAUGGUGUCCCACACUGCCUGUACUGGCCUGGUCAAAAUGGCUGCCUUACAUGAGGGAAGAUGGCUGUGACGUCACUGUCUGGGUCACUGACAGACAGAGAGGAGUUAUUUACCUUUAUUUAUUCAGUCCUUUUAUUUUCUUUGACAGAAAAUUGUCUUAUAUUGUUUCAAAGGAGAAGAUUUCUGUCGAUUUUCGAAAGUAUUCUCCCUCAUACCGGGCCGCCCUGUGUCAUUACGGGUGUAACCAUGGACACAGAGAUGUGGUUGGCCAAGAAUUUUGUACUGAGGAAGAGGGUAUGGCGUAGCAAUCGGUUUAUCGUGUGAAUGUUUAAUUAAGAAGUCCACAGAGAGAUGUUACAGUGGAACAGUAUCAUAGUGACAUUUUAUAGUGAUUUUAUAUGUAAGAAAAUGAACAGAAAAAAACUCUUAAUUGUUUGAUAUACUAACCUUCUGUUUUGCAAGGAUGUGCAGGAAUAAUAAAACGUUUACCUGCUGACUUAC